AUGGACCUUGCGCAGAAGUCAAAGCAAGGCUCACUGUCUUCUCAGGCUCAACUGGCUCUUGCGAUUGCCAUUGUCAACUCGAAGCCAGCGAGAACCUCCGUUGUAGAUCACAUCCAGCAAAUCCGUUUGCACAUCAAACAGCCCCGGAAUCAUUCCCCAAAUCCAACUAGCGCCAGCGACAAAUAUUUCGAUAGUGUGGCCUUCUGGAAGCAAGCUUACACAAAGGCUGAAGAUGCACAAAGCAAGCUGAACGAUCGUGUCUAUGAGCUAGAGCAACGAAUAGAAACAUUGAAGCUUAAGCUCAAGCAAGACGAUGGCGUCUAUAAUGCCCCAGAGAGCGGCAAGCGCAAAGAGAGCAAAGAGCCGAGUAUAACAGAAUCCCAGAGGAAACGGCAGAAAGCCAAUCAUACUAUAUCAAGUACACUGGCUGACAGUGGAAUUGAGCUGGUGGGGUUGAGUGAUUUAAUCACUCAACAAGGCGCUAGUGAAGCGAUCGUUCUUGCGGUCAUCGAAGCCGCUCAUGCGCUUCUGUGCCGUUCUCUAAACAAGGUAAUGAACUCGGCUGAAGGAAAGAAAUACGAGGGUCAAAUUGUCUACCAUAUGGUCUGUUUCUUUGAGACAGUUUUAUGUGAACUCGGGGAAAUAUGCACUAUUCAAGCUGCCGGCAAAGAUUCUGCUAAAGAUAAACAAAACCAGAAGAGCCCUUCUUCGAGAAGCCUAAGGCAUCUAUCAGCACCUGACCCAUCAAAGUCUUCGAAUGGGGAAGACGAAGUCAUGAAUAUGCUUAGACGCAUGCUUGCAGGCAUGAUGCUGAAGGCAACAAAUUUGGUUGCAGCUGGUUGCGAUAGUCUUUUCGAGGGGUACCUCUAUGUGUUCCUCAAUCGCGUGGGCACUGUUCUUUCAGUGAUCGGAUUCAAAGAUUUCCUUACCACACCUGAUCUGCAAGUCAGCCCUGACAAAUUGCCCUUGCCCGGGGGUCUUCGUGCGGGGAUUGAUGACAAUGUUGAGACUAUUACAUUUGCGACUGUCGCUUGUGAGCUCGAAACUCAUCACCUCGUCUGGCUUUUAGAGAAGGCGAUCGCGCUGGUGCAUUCCAUUUCGAUCAAAUCGUCAUUAUUCGAGGAUACUACAGCAGCAACAGCAUCGAAAAGUUCAAAUGCCGGACUACUUCUUCGUUUCACCAAGAAAAAACUGCAAAGUACUCUACUCAAGGCACAAAACCACAGCACAUUCCAACAGAAGACCCAAAGACCCAGCUCACCAAAGAAUCAGAAUCGGCCUCGGAAUGGUUUUCAAGAGAAGUCUGGAGAUUGUUAG